AUUAAAGUUUGGUGGCCACUAGACCGUCGGUUUUAUGAUGGAAAGGUAGCAUCUUUUGAUCAUUUGAAGAAAAAGCACAAGGUUUUGUAUGAUGACGGUGAAGAAGAAAUCUUGAAUCUUGGUAAGCAAUGCUGGGAAGUGAUUAAGGAGACCCCCCUUGAUAAAGACUGUGAUGCAGAUUCUCCUGUAACUCGUAUUGUAUCAGCCAUGGAAGGAAGUAAGAAAGUAAAAGGUGACUCUUCAAGAAAACACAAAAGACUCACCAACAUUUCAGAGACAAAAAGGUCUAGACGCAAAGUGCAGCCAUUCCUUGCAGAGAAUGCUGAACAGAGCAAUACAACAAUGCAGGAUGUGAAGCAGCGCAACAAGCAAAACAAUCCUCCAGUCGAGGAGUAGGGCGGAACCUCUGUGGAACUUUUGGUUUGAAGGCGAACUUUCUCAAAGCGAAG